AACCUGAGUGUGUCUUUUACAGGUAUGGACAUUCAAUCAAGUGCGUGUGUUUUAGUUUGACUUUGUAUCGUUCAUGUUCUACCGGCUUACAUCGCUUUACAGCCGAGUUGUUUGGCUUCGUGUGACGGCGAAAGUGGUCCUAACACGGACUCUCGGUGUUGGGACGAUGGACCCGAUAGUGCUGAGCUACCAGGACAGCCUGUUGCGGACUGCCGAUGUGUCCUUACUGGAAGGACCUUACUGGCUCAACGACCAAGUCAUCGGCUUUGCCUUUGAGUACUUUGCUGCAGAGCGCUUCAGCGUCCUGGGGGAGACCGUCACCUUCGUCAGCCCACAGGUCACCCAGUUCAUCAAGUGUGCCUCCUGCCCCAACGAGUUGGCCCUGUUCCUGGAGCCCCUGGAUCUCGCGUCUCGCCGAUGGGUCUUCCUCGCCGUCAACGACAACUCCAACCAGAGCGCCGGGGGUUCCCACUGGAGCCUGUUGGUCUACCAUCACGACUCCAACCACUUUGCGCACUACGACUCUCAAAAGGGCGGCAAUUCGCGGCACGCGCGGCGCAUCGCCGGCAGCCUGGAUCCCUUCUUGGGCGCGGGGAGAAAAGCGCAGUUUGUGGAAGAGCCCUGCCCGUCGCAGAAGAACAGCUACGACUGCGGCAUGUACGUGAUCUGUAUCGCGGAGGCCCUGUGUGAGGAGGCCAGGGUGGAGGGCUCGCCGCGCCUCCCUGUGCAGAUCAUCACCCCGGCCUACAUUACCCAGAAGAGGGCCGAGUGGUGCGGACUGAUCCAGACUCUCGCUCAGAAUAACCUCUGCAGCGCGCUGUCCUUGCCUUAGCACGCUGACCGCCCCUCGCCAUAUGCAGAGCGGCUGCUGGAGCAUCCGAUUGCACUACUUGAAAACAGUACAUCUCAUACUGUUGACAUGUAUUUAUAUUACUAUCCUAAAUAGAGAAAAAGGAUUAAAAAAAGAUAAAUCAUCUGAUUUGAUUCUUUUAAGAAGGUGAUGUCAUGGUUCUGGCUUGUAUCUACGAAGCAACAUACAAUAUGGAAACCUGGAUGUCAGCAUGCCAAGAAUAAAUGUCCCGUGUGCAUACUUAGCGAGGGUGGAGAAAAGGAUGCACAGGGUUCCUCCGUUGUUUUGGUUUGGGGCCAAUGUCGAAAUGUUUACACAGAUUAUUGCUCAGGGUCAUUUAAAAUGAACUAGAAUUGACGAUAAGAACGUGAAGCUUAACUUUUGGCUCCUGCUUCGUGUCGCAUGUUCAUUCCGUCUGUCUGAACACAACGACAAGCUUUUAGUCUCGAGACGAUUUAAAAGGUCAAAAGGUGACGUUGAGAGGUGGAACGUAUGAUGUGUUCUCACAAAAAGCAUCAAUCUCAUAGUCUGUCGAUCUAAUAAACUUUGUCACAUUUUUGUGGACAAUUGUAAA